CUUCAUCUUCAGCUUCAUUGUCUGCUUUCUUUGUUUCUAAAUUUUCCAAAAAAAAGCCAUGUCUUCGUUUGAUGAUCUCUAUCUCUCCAACUUCGCAUAUUCCACCGACAACUUCACCGUUGCUCAAAUAAACGACAUCGUCAUCCCCGCUCUCAUUAACCGUCUCUCCAAAGCCAAACGCUCCAUCUCCACCACCACCACCACCACCACCACCACCACUUCCACCGCCGCCGCCGCCACCACCAACAACAACGACAAUGACAACAGUGGCAGUGGCCAUUCAAUCGAGGAAGAUUACCGCAAGAUGGAAAUCCAGCUUGAAAAGUUAAGGAAAGACAUAAACUACAUAGGCCUCGCUUUCACCAAUUUCACCAACUUUGAAGACAACGCCGCUGCUCUCUUCAAGGCUCUCUUGCAACACACUCUCGACAAGUCCUUGAACGAUUUGAGAGCCACUUCUCGCAGCCCCACUUUUCUGAUCAACCAGCUUCAAUCCAAGCUUCAGUUGCUCAGCGAGAUCGUCCUCAAGUUAAAGCUCCAGAUCCCUUUGCCGCAUAAGCUCUCCGCCACCGACUCCGACGCCAGAAAGUACACCCGGGUCGGUGUCGGUGCGGAUUACGAUGAUCUCCAGGUGAUUGAUAAAUUGCCUGAUUUACACUUCAACGAACUUUUUGAUAAAAGCUUCGCUUUUAAAGAUUUUAGGCACGUUUAUGAUAGUCUUGAUGUUAGAACAAAGUUGUGUUUGUUGUGUUUCGCUUUGAUUCCGGAGAAUGAGGUUGUGAAGAAGAGGUUUUUUGUGUAUUGGUGGGUUGGAGAGGGGUUGAUUAAUAGUCCACUGGGUAGUGAAGAAAAGACGUAUGAGGAAAUGGGUGAUGAAAUUUUCGAAAAGUUAGUGAAGAUGGGCUGUGUUGAGGCUGUGAAUAAGAAACAUAGAAAGGUCGCGGAUAGUUAUAAGAUGAAUUCUUUUAUUCGUUCUGCCAUGAUUGAGUUUGCGAAAGAUGCUGGGUUCUUUGAUUUUGAUGACAAAGGGAAUCCCACCGCGGAUUUUUCCAAGUGUUACCGGGCAUGUUUAGUACUAAAUCACCAUUCUCAGAAGUUACUGAGAAUUGGGUCUAAAUUGGAUCUAGAGAAAAUGCCUGAGAAAUUGGAAAUUAUAUUCAAUGUCAAUGAGCCUUAUCCUGACUUUUUCGAGUUGGAGUGGUUCUCAAAGUUAAAGAAUGUCAAGGUUCUUUAUCUGGGGAGGUGGCAGAACUCGGCAAAGCAUCACAUUGAAGUUGAGAGCAGUGAAUUCUUGAAUGGGUUGAGAAGUAUGAAAUUUUUAAGGUUUUUCAGUCUUCAAGGAAUCUCUAGGAUCACGAAGCUUCCUGAUUCUGUGUGUAAGCUCUCAAGUUUGAGGAUCUUGGAUCUUAGAGCGUGUCACAAUCUAGAGGAGCUUCCGGAUGGGAUAGGCUCACUGAAACAGCUGACACACUUGGAUAUAUCAGAGUGUUACUUGCUUGAAUACAUACCCAAAGGGAUUGCCUUGCUCUCAGAACUCCUAGUCUUUAAAGGGUUUGUAGUUGGUGAUCGCGUAAGUGCAGAUUCGUGUGCUCUUGGUGAGUUGUUAGAAUUGAGGAAGUUGAGGAAAUUGAGCAUCUACACGAACAAGAUGAAUUUUCCCACAGAUGGAGAGGUAAUUACUCUUCAACAAUUUAAAAAGCUUCAAAAGCUGACAAUUGUGUGGGGAGGUGGAGUAGACAGCCAUGCUAAGCAAGACAAGGGUGCAACACAACCAACAGGAGCAACCACCAUGAGUCCAAAGAAGAGUGGAGAUAAGAAGAAGCAAGCCAAGGGUGUGGCACAACCAAAUGCAGCAACCAGUACAAGUUCAAGGAAGAAUGGAGAUAACAAAAAGCAAGACAAAGGUGUGGCACAACCAACGGUUGCAACCAUCACAAGUCUGAAGAAUAGUGGAGAUCAUAUAAGGCCAGACAAGGUUGCAGAACAGCCAAUCGCAGAAAGCACCAUGAAUCCAGAGGAUAGUGGAGAUAAGAAGAAGAAAGACAAGGGUAAAGCAGAACUGACAUUGGAGUCUGGCGCUAAACCACAUUUUGCAAGAAAAUGAUUAAAAGUGGCCACCUUUAAGCAAGGAACAAAGCCAAUAAAUCUGGAAGAAUUUAAGGAACUAGAGAAACUGGAUCUCCAGUGUUACCCUCAGAUGAAAGCACCCAGAUGGUUGAUACCUGGAAAACUUGACAAGCUAAAGAAACUGUACAUCAGAGGAGGGGAACUCCAAAAUCUAAUUCAAGAGAACAAUAAAUGGAAAGUUGAGAUACUACGUCUGAAGUUCUUGAGUAACAUAAAGAUGGAUUGGAGAGAACUCCGGGCAUCGUUUCCUCACUUAUAUUACUUGGAGAAAUUCAAAUGCCCUAAAAUCACUUUGUUUCCAUGUGAUGAGAAUGGGUUAUGGCUAAAGCCAUGAACUGAGCAAUAGAAUGAGAGCAGUUGCUAGACAUAAAUCUAUGUAUUCACUCUGUUGUUCUUGUCAAGAUGACUCACAUAAUCAGAAGUAUGUAAUGUUUCUGGCACAAUUUUUGAAUUUA